AUGUCUUUCACCAAAAUAUCACGGAGCCGUUGGGAAGAUUUAGAAAAAAGGACUCUGAAGAACGGCCGCUGCCACACCUUCUACAGCCCGAACGGAGAUACCUACACCGGAGAGUGGAGGGAUAACCUGAGACAUGGGAAGGGAACUCAGGUGUGGGUGAGAGCCAGAACGAUGUAUGACGGCGAAUGGAAAAUGAAUAAGCGUGACGGUUUUGGGAUGAUAAAAAAAAUGGAGCCGUCAACUCAAAAAUAUUCAUCAGUUUAUAGAGGAUACUGGAGAAAUGAUAAAAAGGAGGGGACUGGUACAUUCCUCUACAGUUCCUCAGGGCGAUAUGAUGGGGAGUGGGUGGAGAAUCAGAGAAGUGGACUGGGGAAGAUGGUUUAUGAGAAUGGAAAUGUGUAUGAAGGACAAUGGCUCAGGGAUAAACCGAACGGCCAGGGCAUGCUGUUACUCAGGAAUGGGAACAUAUAUGAGGGCUCCAUGAAGGAUGGGAAAAAACAUGGACAUGGACGCUUUAUCUACAUGGACAGGGGUCAGGUGUACGAGGGCUUCUGGGUAGAUGAUAUCCCAAAGUGUGGUAUAUUGUAUGAGUACAACAGGGAGAAUACGCACACACCACAGCUUAACCGUAUCCUUCCAGUGAUGCUGAAGGAUGUUCAGGCAGUGCUGGACGAUGGACUCAGCUGUUUCUACUCCAAGGAUUAA